GUUUGUAGCACCACUUUGAGUGUUAUUGCUGAAACGUCACAAGAACAUCAUAAAGAUGUUUCUCUCCUUGAUCCUGGGAACCACUGGAUGGACACCUUUUGAUUCAAAACCAUUUGACUGCUUUCUUCAAGGGCUCAUAGGUGCAUGUGGAAUAUCAGUGCUGUACAACCUGCUGAGAGUUUACAAUUUUGUUCAAAAUUGCAAUGAUUCUGACUCUGGAAAUGGAAGCAAACCCAGGUCCUCCUCACUGAUCACUCCUCUGAGAGGAAACUGGAGAUCAGCCCUCCAGUUCUGGAUUCUGACUGUUGUCCUCUCUCUGAUGGGCUCGAGGGUUUUCUCCCUGAUAGUGCUGGAGUUUUCCCUCAGGGCUGUUUCUACCUGGGCGUCAGCUGGUCUGGAUGCCAGCGGCAGAGGUCUAGACAUGAUCCUAAUCCAGAGCCAGUUCUCCCUGGGUUGUAGCCUCACCGGUACUCUGAUCUUCCUCCAACAGGGGGCUCCACACAGCUUCCUCAGCUUAUUUCUGGCAGCUGCUCUCAGCUGGAAACUGGCAAGCUUGAGCCACAGUCUGUGGAACCAUGUGGCCAGACUCUACCCGCUGCACAGCACUAAACAUUACUGUGGGAAGUGCAUCACUCUUCUAACCUCCGGACACACCAUACUGGCUUCACUGCAAAGAGCGGUUGUCUUGGCUUUUGCUGUAGCAAGUGUUGCUUCCACCGCUACGGUUUAUGACCACUUCCUGUCCCAGAAGGAUGCUAUGAAGUUCUGGACUCUGCUGACACUCUGUUACAUUAUGUUGCUCGUGUAUAUUCAAGGUGAUGAGGACGAGCAUCGGCAGACGGGCACAGCGGCCCUCCUGCACUCUGUAGUUAUGCGGCUGGGAGCCUUGCUGGUCCUAAUGCUUGCAAUGGGAUACUGGUCUGAUGUGUUUCAAAUCCUCAUCGCGUUUCUGGGAGAAGCAGUCUGUCUGUUGCCUUCUUGGGAUCUUCUGCAGGCUUUGCUAAAGGAAGAAGAAGAGGAAUCAAGCUUGAGCAGAUGUGACGAGCGCUCCAGUCACAAAAGAACCACAAUUAAAACAUCAUCACGUGGCAGAUAACGGUGCACCCAAACUCCACCACAAUGAUUAUCAUUGACUGUGUGUCAAUGGAAAAUUGUACUUAGUACUCUUAAAGGCUUUAAUUGACUUCUUGCUGUUUUGGGGUCUUAUAUUAAACAGAAAUAAUAUAAAAAAUAAGCUGAUUUAAUAUUUAAUGUCCAGCCAUUUAUUCUUUUUUCACUAAUCCAAGUCAGGCUUGUGUGGGAGCUGGAGUCUGUCCCAGCUUUUAUGGGGGGAGAGGCGGACAGCUUGCCAGUCUAUCACAAAGAUAACACAGAGAGACCUACUUGCUUGUCUUCGGACUGUGGGAAGAAUCCAGAGAGAACCAACACAGGCACAGAACAUGUAAACUCCACAUAAAGAGAGGCAACAGUGGUAACCACUAAACCACUGUGCCACCCAUACUCUGUUUUAAAUGAUGGAAGCCAGAUAUCUGAAAAGAUUUCCAAGCAGCAUAACAGAAAUGAUGUAUUCAGGAUGAUGGUCUUCAACACUGAGACACAUCUGUACAACAAUUUAAGUAAUCUAGUGAUGUAAAGCAGGAUGGGGACUGUGGAUGAGCAGGAUACUGAUGAAAUAUACUGCAUAUUUAAAAUAAAAUGCUGUUUGCUGUGGUCAGAGACUGAAACAAUAAAAGUGCUCGUUACUAUAACAGAGAAGCGUUUGCCACUUUUCUGAUCACACUACUUUGGAGAACAGUAGAAGUACUGAUUAGUUACAGCUCAUUUAUUAUAAUUCAAUAAUGUUUCAGUGAAGUUUACUGUGAUUUUUUUCAUAAAAUAUUCAGUUAUUUAUAUUUUAUUGUUAAAUGAACUGAAGAGAAACUGUUGAUGUGUUUAUUAAAGGAUGGCUGUAAUCAGGGCAUUAACCCAGUGAGGUUAACUAGUUUAAAUAGUAAUCAGUGUGUGCUAGUAAGAAUGAAUGUGCAAGUUUUGUCCUCUGAUUACCAAGACUUUGAAGUACAAUUAAAAAAUAUAUAU